AUGAAGAUCAUCCACCAGAAUGGUUACACCGUGGAAGAACUUGCGCUGUAUCGAUUAACCGUGUACAAGAACCUCCUGGAUUGCGCAAAAGCCCUCAUUGGAGCAUAUCACUAUCUCCAGCUUGAACCGUCCAGCCAGAAGGUGCAGGACUACAUUUCAUUUCUGGAAGAGUACAACGUGGAUCCGGAUCCCAACACUGCGCUUGAUUCGAAAAUCGGCGAUGCCAUCACAUAUCUCUGGAACGACCCAUGUACAUCAACAGUUUUGGAACAUCAGAAUGAGUUUUAUCUGAUGGACUCGGCACCAUAUUUCUUCGAGGAAGCGAAACGGAUAACGGCCCCCAAUUACGUCCCGGAUGUUUCAGAUGUACUCCGAGCAAGAACGAAGACCACCGGUAUCUACGAGACACGUUUCACAAUGGGCCAAUUGAGCAUACACAUGUUUGAUGUGGGCGGCCAGCGCAGUGAACGAAAGAAGUGGAUCCAUUGCUUCGAAAACGUGACGUCCAUAAUCUUUUGCGUUGCGCUCAGUGAAUAUGAUCAAGUACUACUGGAAGAAAGUAAUCAGAAUCGUAUGAUGGAAAGUUUGGUUCUCUUCGACUCCGUGGUCAACUCUCGGUGGUUUAUGCGAACAAGCAUCAUCCUGUUCCUGAACAAAGUCGAUUUGUUUCGCUUGAAACUGCCUAGAUCGCCGUUGAGCAACUACUUCCCCGAUUACUCGGGCGGCAACGACGUGCACCGUGCCGCCAAGUACCUGCUCUGGCGAUUCAACCAGGUGAACCGAGCACACUUGAACCUAUACCCACAGUGA